UCCACUAUAUGAUAAAGCCGCUACACGGGGAACUGAAGGCAGGGACGACUAAAUACGAACCUAAAACAAUAUUUAGGCUAUUCAGGUCAAACCUCGUAUCCUUUUUUUCCGCUCUGAAAGUGUCAGACGGUGGUAAAACUCACUCAUUCCUCUCGUGUUGGUUGUUAGAGUUGUAUCAGUAGGAGGAGGUGUUAGGUUAGGCUACUGUAAAUUAACGGUUAAGUUAACGGUUAAGUUAACGUUAGGCUGUGAAGUGGGAAAGUGGGUUUAACCGAAGUGGCCUUUUCAACCGGAAGACUCAUAAACAACUCAUAGAACAGGACCAGGGGAAGCUGAACAGACGGCGUCGAGGAGAGUAAAAGCACGGGUCGAGUGGAGAAGUGAAAGGAGAAGGUAGAAACACCAGCCUAGCUAUCCGCCUGCCUGCCUGCCUGCCUGCCUGAGUCUGCUGUGUCAUGGGGAAACAGAACAGCAAGCUGCGGCCCGAGGUACUGAACGACCUGAGAGAAAACACAGAGUUCACCGACCACGAGCUCCAGGAGUGGUACCGCGGCUUCCUCAAGGACUGUCCCACCGGCCACCUGACUGUGGAGGAGUUCAAGAAGAUCUAUGCCAACUUUUUCCCCUACGGAGACGCCUCAAAGUUCGCUGAGCACGUCUUCCGCACCUUUGACACCAACGGCGAUGCCACCAUCGACUUCAGGGAGUUCAUCAUCGCCUUGAGCGUGACGUCGCGCGGUGGGUUGGAGCAGAAGCUGCGCUGGGCCUUCAGCAUGUACGACCUGGAUGGGAAUGGGUACAUCAGCCGGGCAGAGAUGCUGGAGAUAGUUCAGGCAAUUUACAAGAUGGUAUCAUCAGUGAUGAAGAUGCCUGAGGAUGAAUCAACCCCAGAGAAAAGGACAGAUAAGAUCUUCAGACAGAUGGACAUUGACAAUGAUGGUAGAUUGUCUUUGGAGGAGUUCAUUAAAGGUGCCAAGAGUGACCCGUCCAUUGUCAGACUGCUGCAGUCGGAUCAGGGAGCCUCCCGUCAGUUCUGAGGAGGACAGAGACAAUAACAGACACACGCUCUCUAAAACACAAUCACAAACCCACAUCCAUCAGUUGGUCAUCACAACGCCCUCACCAGACAAUCCUUUUUAUUUUAUAAACACUCCUUGUCUUAUUGUUUACAUUAAUGAAUACUUCUCUUGUCAAUGUGGCUCCUUUCUCUGUGGACGGACGUGCUUUCAGUCGAGGUAUUUUGUGUAUACGCUUUUCCAAAGCUCUCUUGCCUUGAAAUGGUUUUUACCUGUUCUCCAUAAGUGAAGUGCCAUAUCAUAUAUUUAUACUGUCUUGAUUAUAUGCUCUCAAGUAUUAUGAAUUCCAUUAUGUUACACCAAGAAGAAACUAAUUAAAUCACUUAUAAUUUCAACUUUAACAGUGUUGAAAAAGUGGCUCAUUGUUGUUCAGGACUAUAACUUAACAAGUUGCUCUUCUGAACAAACCCUAUAAGCCUUUGGUAUUGCAUGCGCUCGGUGAUAUGAGUUUUCUGAUAUUGUAACAGUUUACGUGAAUAAGGAGGCUGUGAUUGUUUUUAAUUCCUUUUUAUUUUUGUAACAAAAAAAUUGUUUUCACACAAUGAAAUAAAGUCGUGUAAGAAAAAUCUA